UAUUGUACGUGUCAAUCACUUUUUGAAAGUCCCCGCUAUAUGCUCUUGUGUGAUCACUGCGGCAAAUGGUUCCAUGGCGCGUGUGUCGGGAUUACAGCAAGGGACGGCGAGUUCCUCGAUCUGUAUUACUGCAAGGAAUGUACAACAGCUACGGGA